CUCAUGUGAGACACCUCCUGCGCGAGCGAGUCCGACGUUUCCUCUGCAGAGGAAAACGCAAUGGAGCCCUGAACAUUUUCAUUUCUAUCUCUACUGACCCCAGGAAAACAAUAUUCUUAUCCGAAUACUGCUUUAUCUGCAAUUUAUCUGAGGCGUAAAAGGGCGGUGCAACAAUGUGGAUCCAGGUUCGCACUAUAGACGGGAAGGAGACGCGAACCGUUGAGGAUCUUUCUAGAUUGACCAAAAUUGAGUCUUUACGGUUGAAAAUACAGGACAUCUUCAGUGUAAGCCCACAACAGCAGCGCCUGUUCUACCGAGGAAAACAGAUGGAAGAUGGCCAGACACUGUUUGAUUACAACGUGGGACUCAAUGACAUCGUCCAGCUGCUGAUUCGAUCACAGACCGACCCUCCAGACAGCCACUCCACCAAGGACUCCUCUGGUGUGGCCUGUAGUUCAGGACUCCCCCCUGACUCCAAGUCAGAAAGCCACAACUCCCCAGCUCCCGCCUCCCCCGCUGCUAUGGAAAUCUCAACAAAUAUAGACAAUGACAGCAGCAGCGUCACUACCCGCACUGUAAACGAAACCAAGCCGGACACCAGCGCUACCAGUAACUCAUCCGGUACCAAAAAUGGGUUCAAGUCCUCCAGUCCAGCACGGGACACCCAGCCCCCUACAUCCAGCAGAAACACACUAGUCAACCCAGGAAUUGGUGUGUACAAGAUUAACGAGCUGGUGGACUGCAGAGACGUCAGCAUCGGUGCCUGGUUUGAGGCCUGCCUCGAAAAUGUGACACGCGCUCCCAAAGGACAGAUAACGCCCACCAAGGGCAAGGUGGGCCGGCCCCCAAAAAGGACUAAUGGAAAGUUGGAGGCCGAGCAGGGACAGGCCCACGGCCAGGGCCAAACCACAGACAGUAACAGGAAUAAUGUUGUGUUAGGCUCUGCGAGUAAUGGAGCCUCCACCUCACAGACAGACUCUACAGCAGCAACAGAAUCCAAGGAGAGAGAAGAGGAUGUCAUUUACCACAUUAAAUAUGACGAUUACCCGGAGAACGGUGUGGUUGAGAUGCGACCGGUGGAUGUGCGACCCCGUGCCAGGACCUUGCUGCGGUGGGACCAGCUCCAGGUGGGCAUGCAUGUGAUGGUCAACUACAAUAUGGAGACACCAGAUGAGAGGGGCUUCUGGUUUGACGCUGAGGUUCAGACCAUCAACCAAGCCUCCCGCACCAACAAAGAGCUCCGAGUCAAGAUCCUCCUGGGUGGUCCUGGAGAUCUAAUCGGGGAUUGUAAAGUUCAUUUUCUGGAUGAAAUCUACCAGGUGGAAAAACCAGGAGCCCGUGCACUCUCUGCUUCAGAUGGACAAUUUAAACGUAAGAGCGGGCCAGAGUGCAAGCACUGCAAGGCUGACCCCGAAGCAGAGUGUCGCUUCUGCUCCUGCUGUGUGUGUGGCGGCAAGCAGGAUGCUCACAUGCAGCUGCUGUGUGACGAGUGUAACAUGGCGUUCCACAUCUACUGCCUCAACCCGCCACUGGCCACCAUCCCAGAUGACGAGGACUGGUACUGUCCCACCUGCAAGAACGACACCAGUGAGGUUGUUAAGGCCGGAGAGAAACUCAAAGCCAGCAAGAAGAAAGCCAAGAUGCCUUCUGCAACAACUGAGAGUCAAAGGGACUGGGGAAAGGGUAUGGCCUGUGUGGGGCGUACCAAGGAGUGCACAAUUGUUCCUUCGAACCACUAUGGACCCAUACCCGGUAUUCCAGUUGGAGCCACUUGGAAAUUCCGAGUUCAGGUGAGUGAGGCAGGUGUUCACAGGCCGCAUGUUGGUGGUAUCCACGGGCGCAGUAACGAUGGCUCCUAUUCGCUGGUUUUGGCUGGGGGCUUUGAGGAUGAAGUGGACCGGGGAGAUGAGUUCACCUACACAGGCAGUGGGGGUCGUGACCUCUCAGGAAACAAACGGAUUGGAGAGCACUCUUUUGACCAGACCCUGACACACAUGAACAGGGCGUUGGCCUUAAACUGUGAUGCACCUCUAAAUGACAAAGACGGGGCAGAGUCAAGGAACUGGCGGGCGGGAAAGCCAGUAAGAGUGGUACGCAGUUCCAAAGGUCGACGCAUCAGCAAAUAUGCUCCUGAAGAGGGAAAUCGCUACGAUGGUAUUUACAAGGUGGUAAAGUACUGGCCAGAGAUUGGGAAGUGUGGUUACCUGGUGUGGCGGUAUCUCCUGAGACGGGACGAUUUGGAACCAGCACCAUGGACACCUGAAGGACUGGAGAGGAUCAAAAAACUGGGCCUUGCUGUUCAGUACCCACCCGGCUACUUGGCGGCCAUGGCUAACAAAACAAAGAAGGAGGCCUGCGCCCGACCUGGUCGCGGGGGCCGGACUAAGCACUAUCCCGGGAGAGGGAGACCACGGAGACGCAAGACGAAGGAAAAAGAAGAGAAUUACGAGGAAGAAGAAGACGAGCAGCCAAUGGCCAGUGUGUAUGAGGAGGAGCCACAGAGUAAUGGAGAGCAGAAGACAACCAGCGAUAACGAGUCACCACCAGCAGCAGAGCCUCCCUCUAAAAGGGUGAAGAUAGAGGAGACUUUCCAAUUGUCACAGCAGCAGCAGCAGUUAAUCCGGGAGGACACGGCCAACAAGAAACUCUGGGAUGAAGCCAUGGGACACCUUAAAGAGGGACCGAAUUUCCUGCGGAAGAUGGAGCAGAUCUUCAUGUGUGUGUGCUGUCAGGAACUGGCCUACCAACCCAUCACCACCAUCUGCUCACAUAAUGUUUGCAAGACUUGUCUACAGCGGUCGUUCCGAGCGGAUGUGUACACCUGCCCUGCCUGUCGUCACGACUUGGGCAAAGACUACGUCAUGACCCAAAACGUGACGCUUCAGCUGCUGCUUGACCAGUUCUAUCCGGGCUACAGCAAAGGCCGAUGAGAUUGAAAUCACAUUUAUAAGUAGAACCCAUACAUACAUCCAUUCUGUGCACCCAUGUAUACUGUCAAGUACCUAGAGCUCCACUUUAAAAAUGCAUUGCAUAAACAUACUGUACUUACCCACGGGCAAAUGUUUAUUGCACAUACAGCCAUUUGUGUAUACAAUCAUUUACACACAAACAACCUCAGUAGACGCUGACCUCAUCUGUCGUACCUGGACUUUCUCUAUUAACAUCACCAGCCUGAAAUUCAACCGAGGACAUUUUUUAACCUCCCAACCCCUACUCUCUACAAACGCACAAAAGGAGACCCAAAUCACACCCACUAGCCACCUCAAGAAUUUUUUUUGUUUGCUUUUCCACAGUUUUUUUUCACACAUAAAUUGACAUUUCAUUUCAUGAAAUCAGCUCUUAGAUUCCUGCCAACCCGUACGCAUUUUGUGUACCAUGUAUGCAGUUUUACACCAAAAACACUCAGCUGAGCUGUUCAUAUAUGUGCAUUAUUUUGGUCAGCUACA